AUGAGUCAAUUGGAACCAUUUGAACAUCAUUAUAGUAAUCAAUAUUUGGAGGUAUUCGGAUGCUGUCAUUAAAAUCGACACACUUAUUCUGACAAAGUCGUAUGCAAGGAAUGUGGGAUAUUUUUAAAUAAUCCAAAUACAAGAGUAUAUAAAACACUGAAAAUGAAAUUUAAUGCUUAUUUCAAUCCGAUCAAAGUGUUAUAAAGUAUCUUAGUUGAAGGAACACCGAAAGGACCUGCUAAACAACGCUAACAGAUUAUCGAAUUCAUUUUGUAGGCUUCUGAAAGAUUAAAUCUAUCUUUAAAUACAUCAUUUUUAGCUAUUAACUACAUUGAUGAAUAUUUCAGCAGAGUUACGAUCAAUGAAAAUUAAACCUAUUUAUUUGUAGCAACUGCCUUAAUGCUUGCAGCAAAAGCCUAAGAACUUGAUGAACGAGUCCCUUUCAUUAGUAAACUGAAAAGAUAUGCCUCAAUGACUAAUCAUCCUGAAGUCAAUCAAUAUUCAAUUCAAGAGUACAAAUUUGCAGAGAGAUCCUUGAUUCAAACUAUGGACUGGAAAUUGCAAAGAGUCACCUUACUAGAUCGAAUAGAGGCUCUCCUAUCAUUUGGAGUUAUAGAUGAUGAUGAUAGUUUGGGACAGCAACUACAGAAAGAAAACAAGGAUAGUUCACAUUAAUAGCACGUUAAAUUGAGGGAUCUUUAAGAGAGUUAAAUAUUAUAAUAUGUGAAAGAGGUUGAGAGUAAGUAUGCAGACAUAGCAUUACAAAUCAUAAGAGAUGAUCACUUGUAUUUCGAAACAGAUCAGACUAUCCUAGCACUAUCUUGUGUGGCUUACUUGAGAAAGAAGGCAGGAUUACUCAACAUUUGGUCAUAGUAAUUACAGUGUCUGACUGGUAUAAGUGCAUAAAAGAUAUCCUCUUCUGUUUCACAAAUUAUGACACUUAUUGCUAAAAGCAAGAGUUUUAAAACUAUCACUUCACUUUAAAUAAACCCGUAGGAAGUUUACUUUUAACCUUUAAUGCCUACUAAUACAUUGACGACCAUCAGUACUAAUCAUCUCAACAAUCGACCAUACCCAUUCGAAACCAAACGGUAAUCUUAUGGGGAUAUUAUGAUGCAAAAUAGUAAACUGAAGAUUUAUUAAUCAUAAUCGACUCUGCAAAUGCUUGAUGUGCAGAAAUAAAACCAUUUAUAUAAAAAUACUAAUUUUACUACAACCACCAAUUAUUCAUACCUCAACGAGAAUCCUGUUCCUCAUACUCACAUGGUGCAAUAGUUUGCUGCUUUACAAACUCAAGAACUUGACAAAAAGUAUGAACAAGUGCAUAAAGUAAGUGCUAGCAUGUUCAGGCCUAUUUAAUGA